UUGGCGGCGGCGGGAGGGGGGCGGGGAGGCCCCUGUCCCUCCGCCUGCCCCAGCGGAGCAGCCGGCGUCACUCACCGAGCGGCGGGGCGAGGCCGGCCAGGAGGGCGGCGGCGGCGGCGGCCCCUGCCCUGCCCUGCCCUGCCCGGCGCCGCGCCUCCAGUAGCGGAGAGCGGCGGCACCAUGCGGGCGGCUCUCGGGGACGUGGUGGGCGCCUUCUGCCUCGUGUCCCUGGCGGCCGCGCUGGACUUCAGGUACCACCACACCGAGGAACUGGAGGCGUUUCUGAAGGAGGUCCGCGCCGCCUACCCGUCCCUCACCCACCUGCACAGCAUCGGGCGCUCUGUGGAAGGUAGAGACCUGUGGGUUCUUGUUCUGGGAAGGUUUCCAACCCAUCAUAAGAUUGGCAUUCCAGAGUUCAAGUAUGUUGCUAAUAUGCAUGGGGAUGAGACUGUUGGGAGAGAAAUUCUGCUCCAUUUGAUAGACUUCCUGGUGACAAACUAUAGACGGGACCCAGUUGUUACUCGCUUACUUAAUAACACCCGGAUUCAUAUCAUGCCAACAAUGAAUCCUGAUGGAUUUGAAGCUACAAAAGUGCCUGAUUGUUAUUACUCACAUGGAAGGUACAAUAAGAAUGGAGAAGAUCUGAACCGGAAUUUUCCUGAUGCCUUUGAAAAUAACAACGUCACCAUUCAGCCAGAGACUCGAGCAGUGAUGAACUGGAUAAAAAAUGAAACAUUUGUCCUUUCAGCAAACUUGCAUGGGGGUGCCCUCGUUGCCAGUUACACAUUUGAUAAUGGUAACUCAGUUACUGGCUCUUUAAAAGGCUAUAGCAGAUCUCCAGAUGAUGAUGUUUUUAUUCACCUGGCAAAAACCUAUUCUUUCAACCAUGCCAGCAUGUACAGAGGGACAGGGUGUGACAACAGGCAAACCUUUCCAGAAGGCAUUACCAAUGGGUAUUCGUGGUACCAGCUGGAAGGUGGAAUGCAGGAUUACAACUAUGUCUGGGGACAAUGUUUUGAAAUUACGUUGGAGUUGUCAUGCUGUAAAUAUCCCCCUGCAGACCAGCUGGAGAAGUUCUGGAGGGACAACAAAGUUGCUUUGAUUGAGUAUAUAAAACAAGUGCAUUUAGGCAUCAAAGGUCAAGUUACUGAUAAGAAUGGGAAUCCUAUUCCAAACGCAAUUGUGGAAGCCAAAGGAAGGCCUCAUAUCUGCCCUUACAGAACAAAUGAACAUGGAGAGUACUUUCUUCUCCUUUUGCCUGGGAUAUAUGUGAUCAAUGCUACGGUACCAGGAUUUAAAUCAAUGCUGAAGACAGUGGAAAUAACCAACAACACUGAUAACUUCAGUGCUUUAAAAUAUGACUUCUCUUUCUCAGAAGUCUCUGUCAGAACAAGAGCUUCUUCAUGUCCUAAAACUCCUCUCUACCAAGAGCUUGAACAUGCUUCAGCAGCAGGAAAACCAACUUUACAUAUCUUCGUUUUAAUGACCAUUAUGCUUGUGAUUUUUAAAUAAAGGCAAGCAUGACAAGGCAAGGCAAAAAAAUCCAUGUCUUCCUGCAAAACUGUGGCUUUAAAGAAUUGUAUAUGCAAAAGAAUGUAUGUUUUAUAAAUGAAAUUCUCAGAUUUUAAAUCGUGUUUAUUGUAUUUGAUAAAAUACUGGCUAGACAAUCAAAUGUUUUACUUUAAUUAUAACAGACUCAUAUUUUUCUACAUAAAUAUUUUAAUCUGAAGACUUAUUGUAUAGCUUAUUGAGAUAGAUAUUGUAGAAUGUCAAUGUGGAAAGUAUAGAUUAAUUUUGAAGAAUUUGAAUUCAAAAAAGUACAGGGUUGUACUGCAAAUGUUUCAUACAAGCUCAGUCUCAUCAUUGAGCCAACAGGUAAUGAUAUGCCUACACCGCUGUAAGCAAUUAGCUUAAUCCCAAUUUCUCAUAAUAAAGCCACCGAUCUAAAUGGGGAAUGACAUUUGUAAGUAAGCACAUUCUUUCUUAUCUAUGCAGAUGAGACUAACGGGGCUGAAACGAAGUCCAAAGAUCAGUAACAGUUGUAAAACCAGACCAAAGUAAAGCGCAAGCAGUGUUCCAAAGGGCGCUGCUACGGGCAGGGUAACGCCAGUCCGGCUCGCUGAAAGCUUUGUUCCUCUGAGCCAGAACUGUUGAAAACACUAUGGAAACAGCCAUCUACAGCUUCACAAAGUUGAUUUAAGCCAUUCUUUGCUUAAUCUAGCGUGGAGCAGGCCUGUAAUUGAAAAUUUCCGAGUAAUGAUUUUAGUGAUUUCUGUGGCUUCUUUGCUUUUCUGUAUACGGCACAGCCCUGUUCUUGUGCUGUUUGGCCUAUGUGUAACAGAUGAGGAAAGAACACGGCACGCUUCAGCAUGGAGCACAUUCAAAGGCUGCGUUCAGUAACGGCUGCGUGAACGAGCGGCAUUCCAGGCGCUGCAGUGUACUGCAUGGAGCAUUAGCAGAAGGUUCCUUUUGUCUCAUCUGCAACUUCGUUUUUAGGGCACUUUGAAACUGGCCAAUAACCUCAAAAAAAAAAAAAAAAAAAGACAGGUGGGGAGUAGCUCCUGUGUGUUCAUUUUAAAACUAGCUGUUGGUAAGUUUCUUAGGAAAACUAACUAACUUACUUAAAAAGGAAAAAAAAAAUCUAGGAAAGCAGUAAGCAGUUAAGAUGUAAAGAGAGCCCUUCUGACAGUACCAUCUUUACUGAAAGGGUACCCCUGUCUCACACAAAACCAUACCGACUGCGCCCGUGCACUGGUGUUAACCACAGGUCUGCCAGUUUGCUAGAUCCUGUGCAGCACAUGAAAUUGUUAAAAAAAAAAAAAAAAAAAAAAAAAAGAGAGAGAGAGAGAGAGAAAGAAAAAAAAGAAAGAAAGAAACAGAAAUUAAGUUCAGAAUGAGGCCUGCAGUGUAACAAAACACCCUUUUUUGUUCUCUUUAGAGAACUAAACAGUUAGGCACUACUGUCUUCCCUACACUUGGUUCUCAUUCUACCACUUAAAGCAAAACGGAGCUACAGCUCCCUUCAGUUCAAAAUCCCCCCAAAGCACAAAUUCUGUGAGACGACAGGGGACUCACUGCUGAGCAAAGUUAGGAAGAGCCUGCGUGUUAUUUCACACGAUUAAAAAAAAUCUGUGUGAAAGUACAGCAGCAAAAACACAAAAAAUGAAAUAAUCUACUUACUUAAAAGAAAUAAAACCAAGUAUAUAUAAAGAAUCUUUAUUUAAAGCUUUUAAACAUAACAAUGUUUACUUUCCUCAGAAAAGGAAAACCUUAAAACCAAAAGACAUAAAUGAAAUGCACAUGAAAAUUCUUCUCUUAAAGGGAAUGUAGUCUGUGCAGUUUAAGCGGAUAUUUUAACUUUAAUGGUUACUCAGUGUACACCAGCUGUAAGGGCUCUCUAGAAGGUAUGCAAAAUGAUAAGCCAUAAACAUGUAUGUGUACAUCUGUAUAGUAGCAAAAUUGCAUAGUUACUUAAAUUCAUUAUUAAACAGUGUUUAAUAAUCAGUCUACUAUGUGUACUCAGAAAACAAUGCAGGACUGCUUUUGGAAAAACUAUUUUGGUAUUUCAGGAUUUAUGUAAUCAUCAUGCAGACUUCCAGUAACUGUGUAAAAAUAUGAGCUGUCCUUCAAAACCAUGGUGUUUAAUUUAAACAAGGUUUACAAAAAACGGGUGAUAACACAAUUUAACCAAUAAAUUUUACAGGUACAAUAAAUACUUCAAAGAUGCAUUUGCUUGAAA